AUGGCUUUGACAAAUUGGAUCAAUGGGAAGAAGACUGCUCCGUCCCCAGACUCAAAUGCCUAUGCUGAAUGGGAAGAAGAUAAUUGCUUGGUGCGGUCAUGGCCUCUCAAUUCUAUGACUAAACCAGUUCAUGCCUUGUUUAAACAUGGUGCUAUUGCUUUUGAUAUAUGGAAGGCUGCUCAAAAGACCUAUACUAUGACUCAGAAUAGUUCUCGGUUGUUUCAACUCUAA